GCAUGUGCGAAGGUGUCCAAACUGACAAUGCUUGGGAGAUGAAGAUAGUGUGUAGCUGCUUCUGGGCUCAAGGAGGAGGAGAGGAAUCCACAAGCCGACACGAUGAGAUCCAAGGCGAGGGCGAGAAAACUGCCCAAAAGUGACAGCGAGAUUGUAAAUAAUAUGUACGAGACCGACCCUGAUCUCCUUGCUGGCGAAAGUGCAGAGGAGGAAACAGAGGACAGUAUUAUGUCCCCCAUUCCGGUCGGACCUCCGUCACCCUUUCCCACCAGCGAGGACUUCACUCCCAAGGAGGGCUCACCCUAUGAAGCUCCCGUCUACAUUCCUGAUGACAUUCCAAUCCCACCAGAUUUUGAACUCAGAGAAUCUUCGAUUCCAGGGGCAGGGCUAGGGAUCUGGGCCAAAAAGAAGAUUGAAGUUGGGGAAAGAUUUGGACCCUAUAUGGCAGUACAGAGGAGCACAUUAAAGGAAGCAAACUUUGGAUGGGAGCAAAUACUGACUGAUGCCGAGGUGACCUCCCAGGAGGGCAAUGUCAAAAAGGUCGCUGAUGAGCUGGGCACGGAGAAGUUCGGAGUGGACGCCGGGCAGAGCGGCUCCGCCACCUGGCUCAAGUUCAUCCGCGGCAGCUGCUCCUGCGAGGAGCAGAACCUGGCGCUGUGCCACCUCAACGACCAGAUCUAUUAUAAAGUUAUUAAAGAAAUUGAGCCAGGAGAAGAGCUCUUGGUGUAUGUGAAGGAAGGUGGUUAUUCCCUUGGGAACAUGGCGCCCAGCAUGGAAGAAGAGCCCACGUUUCGCUGCGAGGACUGCUACGAGCUGUUCCAGUCCAAGCUGGACCUGCGGCGGCACAAGAAGUACGCCUGCAGCGCCGUGGGCUCCCUGUACGAGAGCCUGAGCGAGGACAUCAAGCAGGAGGGACUCGGCGAUGGGCAGGUCUAUGAGUGCAAGGACUGCGAGAGGAUGUUCCCCAACAAAUACAGCCUGGAGCAGCACAUGGUGAUCCACACCGAGGAGCGCGAGUACAAGUGCGACCAGUGUCCCAAGGCUUUCAACUGGAAAUCCAACCUGAUUCGGCACCAAAUGUCUCACGACAGCGGGAAACGGUUUGAAUGUGAAAACUGUGUUAAGGUGUUCACGGACCCCAGCAACCUGCAGCGGCACAUCCGCUCGCAGCACGUGGGCGCGCGGGCGCACGCCUGCCCCGACUGCGGCAAGACCUUCGCCACCUCGUCCGGCCUCAAGCAGCACAAGCACAUCCACAGCACCGUCAAACCUUUCAUAUGUGAGGUCUGUCACAAGUCCUACACGCAGUUCUCCAACCUGUGCCGGCACAAGCGGAUGCACGCGGACUGCCGCACGCAGAUCAAGUGCAAGGACUGCGGGCAGAUGUUCAGCACUACCUCCUCCCUCAACAAGCACCGCCGCUUCUGCGAGGGCAAGAACCAUUACAGCCCCGCCGGGAUCUUCGCCCCCGGCCUCCCCCUCACGCCCACCUCCAUGAUGGACAAAUCCAAGCCCUCUCCCACCCUCAACCACGCCAGCCUGGGGUUUAACGAUUAUUUCCCAUCCCGCCCGCACCCGGGGGGUCUCCCGUUCUCCCCGGCCCCCCCGGCCUUCCCAGCCCUUACCCCGGGCUUCCCGGGGAUUUUCCCACCCUCUCUGUACCCCAGGCCCCCCUUGUUACCACCCACCCAACUGCUCAAGAGUCCCCUCAACCACACUCCGGACGCAAAGCUGCCCAGCCCCCUGGGGAACCCGGCGCUUCCCCUCAUCUCCGCGGUGAGCAACAGCAACCAGGCCGCGGCGGGAGAGGAGAAGUGCGAAAGCAGCCUGGAAAACUCCUACCUGGAGAAGCUAAAAGCCAGGAACAGCGACAUGUCCGACGGCAGCGACUUCGAGGACGUCAAUACAACCACGGGCACAGAUCUGGACACCACCACUGGCACCGGGUCGGACCUGGACAGUGAUGCAGAGAGUGACAGGGACAAAACGAAAGAUAAGAGCAAACCGAUUGAGAGCAAGCCAGAUUUUGUCAGCAGCUCUGUGUCUGCAGGCUCCAACAACAACACGAGUGAGAUCCCUCUCUUCUAUUCUCAGCAUUCCUUCUUUCCUCCCCCCGAAGAGCACCUGCUGCCGGCCACGGGAGCAGCCAAUGACUCUAUUAAAGCUAUCGCCUCCAUUGCCGAAAAAUAUUUUGGGCCUGGCUUUAUGGGGAUGCAAGAGAAAAAGAUGGGUUCGCUCCCCUAUCAUUCCAUGUUCCCCUUUCAGUUCCUCCCCAACUUCCCCCAUUCUCUCUACCCUUUCGCGGAGCGGACCCUCAAUCACAACUUGCUGGUCAAGGCAGAACCAAAGUCACCCAGGGACCUCCACAAGGUGGGCAGCACCAGCUCCGAGUCGCCCUUCGAUCUCACCACAAAGCCAAAAGAGAUUAAGCCAAUCUUGCCGCCACCCAAGGUCCUGCCAGCCCCGGCCUCCGGGGAGGAGCAGCCGCUGGAUCUGAGCAUCGGCAACCGCAUCCGGGCCAGCCAGAACGGAGGAAGAGAGCCACGGAAAAACCACAUCUAUGGGGAAAGGAAGCUGAUGGCAAGUGAAGUCUUACCCAAGAUUUCCCAAUCUCAACUGCCUCAGCAGCCGUCCCUGCAUUACGCUAAGCCAUCACCCUUUUUCAUGGACCCCAUAUACAGCAGGGUGGAGAAGCGGAAGGUGACGGACCCUGUGGGUGCCCUCAAGGAGAAGUACCUGCGACCCUCCCCGCUGCUUUUUCACCCCCAGAUGUCAGCCAUAGAAACGAUGACGGAGAAACUGGAGAGUUUUGCAGCCAUGAAGGCGGACACUGGCGCGUCCCUGCAGCCCCUUCCCCACCACCCCUUCAGCUUCCGGUCGCCGCCGCCCACGCUGUCGGAUCCCAUCCUGCGCAAGGGCAAGGAGCGCUACACCUGCAGGUACUGCGGGAAGAUCUUCCCGCGCUCCGCAAACCUGACGCGGCAUCUGCGGACGCACACCGGGGAGCAGCCCUACAGGUGUAAAUACUGUGACAGGUCAUUCAGCAUUUCCUCCAACCUCCAGCGGCACGUUCGAAACAUCCAUAACAAGGAGAAGCCAUUCAAGUGUCACCUGUGUAACCGGUGCUUUGGGCAGCAGACCAACCUGGACCGGCACCUGAAGAAGCACGAGCACGAGAACGUUCCAGUGAGCCAGCACUCCGGAGUCAUCACAAACCACCUCGGGACCAGCGCCUCCUCCCCGAACUCGGAAUCAGACAACCAUGCACUUUUAGAUGAAAAAGAGGAUUCGUAUUUCUCUGAAAUCAGAAAUUUUAUUGCAAAUAGUGAGAUGAAUCAAGCGUCAACCUUAGCAGAUAAAAGGCCAGAAAUCCAGGAUAUUGAUGGCAAUUCCCAGUGUCAUGGAUUAGCAAAUGAGAAAACGGAAGAUGUGGAUGAUGAAGACGAAGAACUGGAAGAGGAGGAUGAUGACAGCCUGACAGGGAAGUCCCAGGACGAGGCAGCAUCGCCCGCCGCAGAGCCCCGGGGAGCGUUCGAGGAUGAGGAGGAUGAAGAGCCCACAUCUCUCACCAUGAGCUUUGAACACAGCCGAAGGUGUGUUGAGGAGGACGAAGCCGGCUUGUUAGAUUUGGAGCAGAUGCCGAAUUUUGGGAAGGGGCUGGAUCUUCGCAAAGCAGCCGAGGAAGCAUUUGAAGUUAAAGAUGUGUUUAAUUCCACCUUAGACUCUGAGACAAUAAAACAGACUCUGUACAGGCAGGCUAAAAACCAGGCUUAUGCAAUGAUGCUGUCCCUGUCCGAGAACGCUCCCCUCCACGCGUCCUCCCAGAGCUCUCUGGGUGCUUGGUUGGACAUGGCAGGAGCAGCUUCAGAGUCGGGGACCUUUAACCCCAUCAACCACCUCUGAGAGGUCACCAAGGCACUGGCCAGAGUCCCAGCGAGGAGGCGGCGGUGCUGCGAUUGUCCCAGCAAAAAUCCCAGCAGCAGAAGACGGAUGAGGGGGCCUCAGGGAGCCGUCUGGACUUUUGGCUGAGAAGGAAACCUGUUGCAUCCGACCUACACGUCCUGCAUUUCUAUCUAUCCAGAGUUUUCAUUUCUAAUUUAUCAGAAUGAACCUCUCCAAAACUGGAUAACUCCAAUGCAGCCCCGAGAUUUCACAGUCAAUAGGAAUAGCAUAAGCAAGACACGAAUUGCAACAGUGCAAUCAAAUAUUGGCCCCUCUAACAGUACAAACCAGUGUCGCUGAGCCAGUAAAGCCUGCGGAUAAAUGAAAGCUUGAAACCAUUUGGUAGCAUUUCCUUUCAGUUCAGCUGGGUAGAGAAGUAAUAAGGAAAACGAGCCAGGCGUGACCCAUCCCUGGUGCAAUUCUGACACAGUCACUGGAGUUAUACCAGGGAAGGGUAAAUUCAACCCAUUUGAUUGACCCCCAUGAGAAUCUGGAAUUCUGUGCUCCCACAAAACCACCGUCCUGUCCUUUAUUCCCAGCAAAACACCUUGGCACGCUGCAAAGCUUCUCGAACGUGAGGCCACAUUGCCUGCGGUCACCAUACACCGUCCGUGGUGUCCCAGCUGAGGGUGGGUGAUCGCUGUGGUUCACGGUCACCGCUGUGCCCUGCACGUCCUGUCUGUGCCUGCGCUGCGAGGUGAACAGUCUUUCCAUCUCUGCUGGUGUGUGCGAGCCCGAGCUGCUGCUUGGACUCCAAACAUCCGAGCGUUUCAGAAAGGUCCCGCUCGGCCGGGCUGCAGGGGACGGUGGCACCAGGCCCCGCGACCGAGCUGCUGAGGCGCUGAAGAUGCUCCAGCGUUCCGGGCAGAGGGGCCGGGGGGUGAACCGCGUGUGCGCCGUGCGUUGUGCUGGGUCUCGUCUGCAGAACGGCGAUUCAGGUCCAUCUUCUGAUUCAUCUCCCAGGGUUUUGAGAGUGACAUCCUUCCAGAGUUGCUGGUGUCCAGGAAUUGUGGUGGAAAUUGCUGGCUCGUGCAGUUGUUUUGGUAUGCUGGAUGGUCGCUUAUGUACCGCACACUGCUAUAUGGCCUGUAAUUUAAGUAGAAAGAUUAACAUUUCCUUGGGUCGGCAACCUCAGGGGUACAGACCACUAUUCAGGCACAGAGCUAAGAAUCGAAUUGUCUCUCUGACUCUAAAAUCACUUGCAAAUAUUUUAUGAGUGAUUUAAAAUCGCUUCCAAGUCUCAUCUUCGUUACUGAUACAAAGCAGCCUCCAGAAAGCCUGUGCCGUUCAUGCUGUUCCACACUGCAGUUACCACCUGCUGUUGGAGCACUGCUUUUGCAGGUAAAGCUGAAUUACAGAACAGUCAGGAAAGCGAUCGGGGCUUGCAAAGGAUAAUGUUGGCUACUCAGAAUGUGUGUCCUGAGAAUAUUCUAGUUGCAGCAAGGAAAGGUCGGGAAUGCCAAGGACUGGACUAUCCCACCACUGCAUGAAAACGCGUCUCUGCAUCUCGGCCGUUGCAGUUCUGCAUCAGCAACAGCCUCCAGGAGCCGGGCGCUGCGCGGGCACUCCGGCUCUGUACAGGUCGCAUCCAAAGCUGGUGAGGCCAGAGGAACUCUUCCCAUUGAUUUCAGCAUAUUUUAGUGCUGCCUGUGCCUCUAGUAAGUGUUGCAUCAGGUCAUGACUGCUUGCAGAACUGGGUUAAUGGCCGAUUUCAGAGAAGCAGCUCACAGAGGUCGGUGUAUCUGCCUGUAGACACCUAACACGUGUGGCCUCUCUGCCUGUGUGCUGUGCAAAAGAACAGGCGGAGGCUUCCGUGCCAGGCCGGUGUGAAGGAGCAGAGCGGAGAAGCCUCAUUCCAGCGUGCUAAAACAAGGGAGACAGCUGUUGAGGUAAAGCAGAGGGUGUGUUAGGGAUGAUACCCUUGUCAUUCACUCUUUGCACCCAAAAGCACUUGUGAGGCUGUUUCUAGAUGUCCGGGAGCCCCGCGCUGCCCGCGGAGGAGGCGCCUGGGGUGGCUCUGGUACAGAAGGAACAAAAGGUAAAUUAGCAGCACCCGUGUAUUUUCCAAGAAAACUUACCCUUCCUUUUUGGUUUUCCACAACGCCCUGUGAAAGUGCCCAAGGCUCCGAGACCAACAGGCAGCGUGAGCUGAACUGCUUCAUCUAUUUGCACAAAGCCCUUGGGCAAACGCAGCCCGAGAGCCGACACUGUCCAAAGCCCCAGGCUCUGCGAAGGAGCUGGGACGGUCCCGUCCCGUCCCGUCCCCUGUGCCGCCGCAGCACCGCCUGCCCGCCCUGGGCCUGGAGAUCGAGCCCGCAGGGGCCGACUGAAAAUAAUGAAAGAGUUGUUUCUUUUCCUGAUGGAAUUUAUUUUAAUCUGUAUAUAACUUGUAAUUUUUUGCUAAUUCUUUUCUUAUUUUAUUUCUUCCUUAACAGUAUUUUUUGCGUUAGGUAUCAUUAUUGUGAAGAGAUAAUGUUAAUAUAAGUAUGUAGUGAAGGACCAAAAUUGUGUAAUUAAGGUUGUAUGUUGUAUGACUGAUAACCAGGGAGUAGGAAGAUUUUGUCCAUGUGCCAAAUGACCCGGAUCAAUCCUGCUGGUCUUGCUGCCGAUUCUCCAGACAAUCAUAUGUUUUGUUGCAUUUGCCUUUAAGUGACCGCGCUGCGUUAGACGAAGGUUUCAGGUUAUUUCCUUGGCCAGUUGGAAAGCGAAGCUCCUCCAGAAAGCGAGGGCCUCUCCCGGUGUGCCUGCCCGCCAGACAGGGCGAGCCGGGGGCCAGGGAGUCACCCGGGCGCGUCGGGUGCAGUCGGGGCUGGCAAGUGAUGCUACCAAGCCGGCAAGUGCCGGUGUUCCCUGGCAGCCCCUGCACAGCCGUGCCUGGCCCCAUAAAAGCCUCUGGUUGUGGUCCCAGACCCGUGCGGCCCCGUGGCUCCUGGGGUAUGUGCUUGGAGUAAUCCCCGCGUCUGAGCAUCUUUCGGAGGGGCCCUGCGGUGCUGUCUGCCUCAUCGGAACACGAUCUGGGGGUAACAGCGAGUGUCGCGUGCUCUGACGCGAUGUUCUGUUUGUGGUGGAAGCUGGCGGAGCAGCAGGGAGCUGGUCCCCAACCCCGGCCCAGAACAGCGUGUGCUGCGGGGCUGUUCCUGCUCCCCCAGCCCGCGGUGCUGCCCGGGCACGGGGGUGCAGUCCCGCCAGGGACCGAGGACAUUGCAAAUAUAGCUCUUAAAAUCAUGACAUGAUUUUUUCUUUUCAUAUUUCCUAAUUCAGUUUUCAUCCCGUUUUCUCUAGCUGGUGUCUGUUUGUUGUAGGAUCUCCCAACUCCUCUAAUUUAGCACUGAUUACAAGUUUUAAUUUUUCCGCAGUUAAAUAAAUAGAAAGCCUCACUGAAUCUCUGUUUAUCUCGCAGCUUUCGUUCAAUUGCACUUGAAACAUGUUGCAGCUCAUAGCAGAUGUUUAGUUUAUGAUUCGCCAUUGUAGACAAAAGCAAUCCCGUAUUUUGAGGAUGUUUCCCAGUGCGUGUGUGGAGGAGGGACACGCUGUGUCCUGGUGGUGGGGAAGGUCUGGGUCCCCUUUGAUAGGACAUGGAGCCGUCCUGCUCAAGGACACCAAACCCACCAGCACGUCGUGCUCGGGAGCCGCGGUCCUGGGGCGAUACCGCGAGCUGGAACACGGCAGCUGGUGGUUUGGAAGCCAGGGCACCGCUGGAGGUGGGGAUUAAACCGAGAAUAGUUGUGUAGGAUCUAUUUAUUAAAAGUAUUUCCACAUCUCGCAGCCAUGUUGCCACAAGAGCAAGGAGGAGAGGGCGGGAGGAGCGCUGUGAGUUGUUUGUGUAACGGGAUAAGGUUGAUGCUCCUUGGCUGUUCGGCGCUGCCGAUGUGACGCUGCACCAAGAGGGGUCUUUGCUGCUCCUGGACGUGUCUUUGGGCACAGAGCGGAGGACGCGGUUCUGAUCGCGCUGUCCCUUCUCGGCCCACCCCGAGCAGCCGGUAGGUGUGAACCGCUGCAGCGAUGCAGGUGACGGUGCAGCGCGGUGCGCCGGGCUGUGCCGCGGGACGUGCCCAGCGCCCGCGGUCCCAGGUCACUGCUGGGUGCACAGGGUGUUGCUGCCGGUGCCGGCUGCUCCCAGUGCUCACCAUUAAACCGUUAAAGCGCAUCCCGCAGGGCCCUGCGGUCCCGGAGCAGCUGAGUGCCGCAGCAAAGCCAAACCGACUGCUCGGCUGCAUUCAGGAUAAACGCAAAGCUCGGGUUCUGUCUUGGUUAAAACAGACUAGUGGAAGCUUUCGAUUUCUCCCUAAUCAGCACUUAGACUUUCAAUAGGCGUUCUUGAAAGCGGCUUCUUUUUCACUUCAUGCGAAGCGUUUCGAAAAGCACUUGCACAAUGCCGUGAACGUGUUUAGACUCUAAGCAUCAAAGCACUGGAUCGUGAGCCCCCUCCCUGCAGCCCAUCUCAAUCUACUGACUUACAUUGGAGUUCUACGUGCUGUACUGUGUGUGUGUGUGUGUGGCGGGGGACGGGGACGCGUCGCGGCGUCGGGACCUGCCCGGUGCGGAGGGGCAGGAGCGCCGGGACCUGCCCGGUGCGGAGGGGCAGGAGCGUCGCGCUCCGCUCGGCGGCGCUGGCAGCAUCAGGGCAAAACCUCUGCCGGGGUCAGGAGCGUCUCCACAAAGCCGUGCAGCUUCUCCUCUCCAGUGCUGAGCGAUACUGUGAUUAAAACCUUACGGAAUGAUUCCAGGAUUAUUUUGCUCUUCUCUUCUGUCGUUAAUUCCUGUUAAUUACCACUUUGGAAAAAAAAAAGAAUGAAAAAAAGAAAAAAAAAAGAAAAAAAAAAGAAGAAAAAAAGGCAGCUUUGAUUUCCAAAUGUGCAAUUCACACGUGAACAAAGUAAUUCUGAAAGUAAUUCUCAAUGUAUUUUACAUUCUUGUUGCUCUCUUCAAAGCAAGAGAUGUUUUGCCCUGAUGUCAUAUCCAGCCUGCAAAAGAUGUAAUUUAAAACAUAUAUAUAUUGUGCUUGCAAGAAUCAUAAAUCUGUGCAUCCUAUGUCAUUCCUUUUCCCAUUGUUACAAUACAGAUAUGAUUUAGGGUUUUUUUUCUUUAGAACUGUAUAGUGUUUUUUUAAAUCAAUUGUAAAUGUCUGGUUUUCAUACAAUGUUUAAAAAACAUUGAGAAAGAGGAUGGUGCUUGUUCCAUAUCAUUCUUGAUUGUAUAUUGCUUCUGUUAUGUUUAUAAGUAAACUGUGCAUGACUUGUGUUUAGCAGUCAUUAUUGUGUCUGUUUGUGAAAUUUUUAUUAAAAGGAAAAAGAUUCCGUAGAUGCACUUAUUGUAUAUGUGAUUAGAUUCUGCGUCUGAGGCUGGAAGCCUGGAACUGCCACGGGAGGAGCGAAAGAAAAGCGUCGGCAGUUAUUAAUUAAUAUGAAAUCGCUUUGUUUGGAAGCAUAAUGAAAUAAAAGAUAUGAAGUGUAGAAAAUAAUUAAAAAGCGAUUUUACAAAUUUCAUUUUGAUGCUUGUGAUAAAAAGACAAAUGUACUUGUGUAGAGAAAUUCCUUUAAAAUAAUGAAUAGAAAAAGCUGAUUUUGAGGUUAAUGCUGUAGAAUAGGAAUGUAUACCAAAUGUAAUCUUUCCAAUGCUACAAUGAAUUUAUACAUGAGAUUGAUAUGCAAUAAACCUGUGUGCUUUUAUAA